AUGCUCAAUGUCAUGGACAGGAAUGAGGUUUCGCCGGCGUCUGCUGCCACCAUGAAAAAGGAGGCGGCGGGCGGCAGUGGGUGCAGCCACAUCAGCACACCAAAGGCUGCCGUGUCCAAAUGUCCAAGAAGCACCAGCAGCCAGAACUGUCUGGACUCCGGUUCUCCCGAAGCACCGAUCGGUAAGCAGCCCAGUGCGGCCAGCAACGUCGUAAUGGACGAGACGGAGGACGGAGAAGAGGAGUCUAAGUUUCAGCAUCCGCGGUUGCGCCGAGCCGGGGGGAGCGGCAGCGGCAGCGGCGGAGGUGGAGGAGGAGGAGGAGGAGGCAGUAUUAGGAUGAAGAACUUUACGCCAGGAGGGGGAGCCGCGUCCUCGGGUUCCAGGAGAAACUCAAACAAGGAGCCCAGCCAUACGCACCCAGAGGACGCUCUUGCCGCUCCACGGCCCACUGGUGUCUCCAGAGCUACCGAGACCCAGACACCCUGUCCGGGCGGUGCUGCCCAGCGCGGCGAGACCAGCAGAGCAUCUGGGGCGGAGGCGUCGGCAUCAGCGGUCGCGUUAGAGGUUUUAAGCGCGACAGUGGGUGAUGGUUGCAAAAGCGUCGCUCCAAUUUCCAGUAUGAAAUGCAACAAAAACGGAGAAUGCAGGAGGGACUCGGGUACCGGGAGCCUGCGCUCAAUCAUCUCCAAGCAGGAGAAGCAGACAGGAGGGUCGGGGAGGGCCGAGGACGGAGGGAGCGCCAAGCGAGGAGCCUGUAACUCGACUACCGCCAGCAUGGACGGCUCGAUCACACCAGGCGGGUCCCUGACCGGGGGGCACGGAGGGGAGAGCGCAAACCCCGGCACUACCCCCGUGUCCAGCGGUGCCCCCGAGAAAAGGGACUCCAAGGUGUCCUUCUCGAACGCACCAAGCCGGAAAGCAUCGUCCUCGCUGCAUGGCCCGACUCAGACUCAAAACCAGCAGCCGAGGAACUCUGUCACUUUCCAGAAGCCUGAGGAUGGACCGCCAAUUGUGCCCGCUGAGGACGCGGAGCCUCAGGGCAGCCAAGUCAGCUUCAUGCAGCGGCAGUUCAGUAGUAUGCUGCAGCCUGGAGUUAACAAAUUCUCCUUGCGCAUGUAUGGUAGUCAAAAAGCAGUGGAAAGAGAGCAAGAGAGGGUAAAGUCAGCUGGAAAUUGGAUUAUCCACCCUUACAGCGAUUUCAGGUUCUACUGGGAUUUCACAAUGCUGCUGUUUAUGGUGGGCAACCUGAUCAUCAUCCCCGUGGGCAUCACCUUCUUCAAGGAGGAGACCACUACGCCCUGGAUCAUCUUCAACGUGGUCUCUGACACCUUCUUCCUCAUGGACUUGGUGCUCAACUUUCGCACUGGAAUCAUCAUUGAGGACAACUCAGACAUCAUUUUGGACCCUGAAACCAUUAAGAGGAAGUACUUAAAAACUUGGUUCAUUGUGGACUUUGUCUCCUCCAUCCCGGUGGAUUACAUAUUCCUCAUAGUGGAGAAAGGGAUUGACUCGGAGGUGUACAAGACUGCUCGGGCCCUGAGGAUCGUCCGCUUUACCAAGAUCCUAAGUCUCCUGAGGCUGUUGAGGCUCUCCAGAUUAAUACGCUACAUUCACCAAUGGGAAGAGAUAUUCCAUAUGACCUAUGACCUUGCCAGUGCGGUGAUGCGGAUCUUUAACCUGAUUGGUAUGAUGCUGCUGCUGUGUCACUGGGACGGCUGCCUACAGUUCCUGGUUCCCAUGCUGCAGGACUUCCCCUCAGACUGCUGGGUGUCCCUCAACAAGAUGGAGAAUGAUACCUGGUCAGAGCUGUACUCCUUUGCCGUAUUCAAGGCAAUGAGCCACAUGCUGUGUAUUGGUUAUGGCCGGCAGGCCCCGGAGAGUCUUUCAGACAUCUGGCUGACCAUGCUGAGUAUGAUUGUAGGAGCGACUUGCUAUGCUGUUUUUAUUGGCCACGCAACAGCACUUAUCCAGUCCCUGGACUCCUCCAGACGGCAGUAUCAGGAAAAGUACAAACAAGUGGAGCAGUAUAUGUCCUUCCACAAGCUGCCUUCCGACUUCCGACAGAAAAUCCAUGACUACUAUGAGCACAGAUACCAAGGCAAGAUGUUUGAUGAGGAGAGCAUUCUGGGAGAACUCAGCGAGCCCCUCAGAGAGGAAAUUGUGAACUUCAACUGUCGUAAGCUGGUCGCAUCCAUGCCGCUGUUUGCCAACGCAGAGCCGUACUUUGUGACGGCCAUGUUGACCAAGCUGCGUUUUGAGGUAUUCCAGCCACAUGAUUACAUUAUAAGGGAAGGCACCAUUGGGAAGAAAAUGUACUUCAUUCAGCACGGAGUCUGCAGCGUCAUCACAAAGGGCACUCUGGCAAUGAAACUUUCUGACGGCUCUUAUUUUGGAGAGAUCUGUUUACUAACGAGGGGCCGGCGAACAGCCAGCGUGCGAGCAGAGACUUACUGCCGACUCUACUCUCUGUCUGUGGACCACUUCAAUGAGGUGCUUGAAGAAUAUCCCAUGAUGAGACGCGCCUUCGAGACUGUUGCCAUUGACCGUCUAGACCGCAUAGGUAAAAAGAACUCUACCCUGAUGCACAAGGUUCAGCAUGAUCUCAACUCUGGUGCCUUCAACAACCAGGAAAACGAGCUGAUCCAGGAGAUUGUCAAGUAUGACCGUGAGAUGGUGAAACUGGUGGACCUGCAGCGACCGCGGGCCAUGUCUAUGACCCCGUCCAUCGGCGGUAUCUUUGCUCCCUCUGGACAGUCGCAGUCGGGCUCCGCUAUCGCCACGCUUCAGCAGGCUGUGGCUAUGAGCUUUUGUCCUCAAAUGGCAAGUCCACUGGUGGGUCCAGGGACUCUGCAGUCUCCUCGUAUGGUGCGACGGUUCCAUGUGAUGCAGAACCUGGCCAGCCCAGUCGCAAUGUCUCCUCUUCAGUCUCAACCCCCUCAAACAUUAGGAGGGGCGUUUGGAUCUGCAAUCUCCAGCCCACCGGUCCAAAGCCCGCUUGCAGCUUCAGGACGGACUUUCCAGUACAUGGCAAGCGCAGGACCCUCUGGUUCCCAAUUGUCCCUAGUACAGCAUCAUGCACCCAGCCCCACACAGACCCAGCAUAGGCCUGCCUCACACAAGAGCACCCACUCCCUUCAUGCAGGUAGCUUGAGCCAGGAUACCCGGGCCAUAUCUGCCUCCCAGCUUUCACUUCCCCAGGAGGGAACACAACAAGCUGCCUCUGCAGCCCCCAGCCCUCCACCAUCAACCCGCACUUCCAACAACUCUAUCGGUCCCCCUCAGCCACCUCACCCCAGCCUGCCAGGGCCCUCAGGGGUGGGGAGAUUGGCAGGAGCUCAACAAAGGGUGGUCUUUGCCUCCACACCCCCUCCCGGUGGACCUGCUGGAAUAGGGGCAGUAGCAGCAGCUGCUGGAUCAGGACCUCCAGACUCUGGAGUUCCCAAGAAAGAUUCAAUUGUCAGCCUUCCAGAGCUAGACUCUGCCAGAUCCCGGCUGUCUUCCAACUUGUGA